GUUUGCAUCAGUACCUAUACCGAAAUCGGGCGACGAAUAAGGAGCGGCAAUUCAGCUUGUACAUUCUUGGAGUGUAAUUUCGCGGAAGCACGCACGAUAGCUUCUAGCAGCGAGUAAGCAAGCAAGAAGCAGCACGCAGCACGCAGCACGCAGCACGCAGCAAGCAGUCAAGAAAGGUAGCCUUUGAGAAAUCAGGAAAAGGACCAAGAGAGGGCAAGGGAAGGCAGAGAAGUAAGAAAAAGAAAGGUUAGGAGGGAGAAGAAAAAAAAAAGAUUUGUUCCUUGAAUCAUUGCGUAUUUCUCCUUGGGAGGCUUUUUUUCUUUUUUCUUUUCUCUCUCUUUCUCUUUCAUUUGGCUCAAAAUCAAGUUAUCGCCUUUACCCUCUAUCGCCUACCGUACUUACUACCUUUUCCCCUCUGGCCUGACUUAGCACCUUUCCGUGCACAGCACACCCACCACUCACAUCAAAUUACUACCUAUAUCAUCAUCCAUCUUCCCGCUAAGAUAAAAGCCUCCAUCAUCAACUCCUUCGUUCCAACCCAAAUUUCGGGACGGACGACGGUGACAACCCGUUGAUGCUGGUAUUUGUCUUUUCUGUCUUACAUUAGACGACUCAUCGUCACAAGAAGAUUCUACCAUAACCAUCAUAUCCACAAUCCAAACCCUCUUCCUUCGAGUGUUCUUUAUCCGAUUUUCCCACCAUCAUCGUUUGGUAGAACUUCUUCUCAUUCUCUUCUGUCCGGCUUGACGUCGACUUUUUCAAUCCAAGGGGUCAUCGAGAUAACAUUAUCGUGCAAAGCCGGUAGCUUUGGAAGGGGCGAGGCUGCAAAUGAACGACAUCCUUACACCUCAAAAAAUAACACUCGAUCACUUCAUGUGCUCUCAAUCUGGUAAUAUCCAAGACCUAACCGCCUAUUCAGGGCAUUCGUCUUCGUGUAUUGUCGGAUCCGAACCAGAGCCUGACAGCUCUUCAAGACAGGAAUUUGUUCACCCUCCGUCGUUACCCUCUGAUAUGGGGAUGCGAUACAUGACAAUUCCAGCGACAGAUGAUGUACGUUACACGUCCGAUUCCGGUACCUCUCAUAGCCCUGUGUUCUCGAUAGAACCCACGAUACCAAACUCAAUCCCGUCCAACAUCCCAUUCCCACCAUACGCGCAUGCCUAUCAGUCAACACUGAACGGUCCCACGUACUCAGGUGGGAGCAACCCGUACUUUUCUCCGAGCUCGUCUUUAUUUUCUAUGCCCGAUCUUAAACCCCGCUUGAACUCUAUUCACUCCUCCCCUGGAAUGGCACCACCCUCACGCUCACCAGCCUUACCACAUCCACAAUCACCAAUAAGCACACGAGAUUUAUACGCAAGUGCAACACCACAUCUACGAAGAACGGACGGAAUUUCAAGAUCUCCGUCAACCUCUGGAACUGUGAGAGGCGUACCAUUAUCACCAUCCAACAGCGGAUUCGCAAGUCCGGCGAAUAUGGAGGGAUCUCAACUUGGAGGGCCACUUACCCCUCCUCUAAAUCCGACAGAAGUCAUCCUCACUUUGCAGGCGGCUGACGGACAGAUCAUCACUCCGGAAAUCUUUGGUAAAAUUGACAAGGGGUUUUUCAUGGCAGAAAACGAUUGGACCUGCUAUAGAAGAAACUACUUUUCGCUGAGUUGCUCAUUUACACUUCAACCUAUCGUUCCGGGAGCAAAUGUAUAUCUUUUGUUGUCUGGUGGAAUGAGACCGCAGGUGCAACAGUUUGCCAUGUCAAUAGCAGCAGUGGUAGAUUCGCGCGAUGGAAAAUCAAUAGAGUUGGUCCAGCACACUCCCAAAAGAGACAAAGGACCACAGGAUAAGCCGCCAAGGAUCGCGGUUGCCCCAAGACCGCACACAACACAUAACAUGUAUGGCGGCGACAACGGUAUUGGAGGUGGACCACGUGGAAUGUACGAUGGAUCCUUUGGUCAGUCACCAAGCUCACCGCCAAACGAAGCAACUUUCGAGCGCAUCCAAUUCAAGAAUGCGACUGCGAAUAAUGGGAAACGGAGAGCCGCUCAACAAUAUUAUCACCUACUCGUAGAACUUUUCGCAGAUUUGGGCACUAACCACAAUCAUUCAGAACGCUGGGUAAAAAUUGCCGUUCGUAUGUCCGCACCAAUGGUAGUGCGUGGUCGCUCACCCGGACAUUACCAGAGCGAAAGACGCGGUAGUAAUGCAAGUUCUGGACCUGGCGGCGCUGGAGGUGCUGGUGGUGGUUCGUAUACACCAUCCGGAUCAUCUCGCACCCCAGGCGAUGUUACCAUGUCUGGAACUUCCUCCAUGCUUCCCGGGUCUAAUAAUUACGGUUCUUACGAUGGUCGAUCCCACCAUUAUCGCACUGGACCUCUUCAGAUUCCUAUGGAACCUACUCUUUCUGCUGAAGAAGCCAAAAGCAUUGAGGAUGCUCCUUGCUAUAUGUACUACCCAACUCCAAUAUGGGAGGGCGCAGAGCCACGGAACCAAUUGCCUAGUCUUCCAGAAUAUGUGCCAGGAAAAAUCAAGCAAGAAUAUAACACUGGUGGCUACUCCUUACCGAGCAUCAGUGGUGCACAAGAUUCUUUGGGUAGACAUUGUGGAAGGUGGGAAGGAGUCCCGGAAUCAAAGGGAUAUUUUCCAACAAUUGCAUUGGCACAGGAACUCAAUAUCAGCUAGCCAUUUCACAUAGAGGACUAAUCGCAAUUUAGCACGCGAUAUAACACGACGUGUGCUGCACUAGGCUACAGCACUCGUGAGUCCCGUCUUAUCUUCCUCCCUUCUCUGCUCUGGUUCGAUUAUAAUUGUCUGCGCAUCGCAUCUCAUGGUUGCCCAUUUCUUCAAUUGUCAGCUGGAGUAUACUGGAUUGGCUCAUCGCUUAGUUGCUUGGUAUUUCUGCAGAAAACACCCUAAUUAUAGAAUUGAUUGGCGCAAGGCAUAGGAAAGGAUUGAAGGCUAAAGGGUCAUGUUAGCAUAUUUGAUUGGGAAAUUUCACUUGGGAAUAUUACAAAAUCGAAUGGGAUCUGGUUCAUAUCAUCUCGGUAUGACACACAUACAGCAUGGAUCAACAUGGGUCAGAUGAAUGGAUGGAAAAAGCUUGCAUCUAGGUUUGGUCUAGGAUGGAUCGGGAAAAAAAUACAUUGAUUUUGGUGACGGAGUUGGAUUUGGUCUCGGGUAUUUUCUUUUGCGCGGAUCUCAGACAUGGUAAUGAUGGAUGAAUUGAAUGGAUGGACAAAUGGGCAACAAGGGAACCGGAUUGCAAUGGAUUGGGAUGGAUGGGUACAUGAUCUCGCCAAUCGCGGAUCCUGGUGUUUCUUACAUGUGUUGUUGAUGGAUUUCUCAUCGUAUUUCUUGUCAUUUUCUCUUCUCUUAUUGGGUUCGAUGUGAAGGUAUUUGAGAAGGCUUACUGCCCAAUCGUGUCUUUUGCAUCAGACUCCGACACAAUAGUUCCUCUUUGCUUGCAUCUGAUUAUUUCUUCUACCUUGACUGCGUGUUAGUUGAUGUUGUUGCGUGGAUGCACUUAUUGUUGAUGCAUGAAUUUGACUUGUGGGCUGUUGAGUGAGCGUUUCGUACUUUGAGUUUUGUCUGCUGUUGUUUCUGAAUGUGGGGGUUGGUUUUUCUGAGAAGCGAAAUGGGGAAUAAGAGGUCGAGAGGGUAUGGUAAAUUGACCAAGGGUACCAACGGCUUGUGGGGAUGAUGACUGCCAGUGAGCAGAUAGAUAAGCCAGGGGAACAAUCGUGAGAAUUGGGGAGGAUAUACGGAAAAUUGUGUGAGAGAUUGAAGAGUGGAUAUUUUCGUUGAUUUCUCGUUUUGCCAUGCCAGUCAGUUAGUCGAUUAGUCAGUCAAUGCAGGAGGCUUUUGUUGAUAUAUAUAUAUAUAUAUAUAU